AAUUUAAAUUUUUGUAUAAAAUGAACCGACUGAAAUUGUCAAUAUGUCAUUCAGAUUUUAGAUACCUUUUAUUAAAUACAAGCGGGUGUACGCGUUCUUUAGAAACUAUCUUCAAAAUGAAAAUUUUAGCAGUAAUUUUUGUGACAGUUUUUGGUGUUGCUAUUGCCGGGAAAGUGAAAACAGUGAACAAGAGAUAUGAUAGCGACUUUGAAUCACAAGCUGUUUUUGAGGACCCACAUAGUCUCCAAAUCGCCGAUAUAUCAGCACAUCACUAUGAAGCAAAUAAAGGAUUUAGUGUCGGAAGUGGAUUACGUUCAAUUGCUCAAGGUUCUGCUGACCAAGCGAAUUCGGCUGUUUUGAAUCAACUCGCUGCCGCUCAGCAGGCAGCCUAUGUUGCGCAAACCACGCUCGCUCAAUCGGCAAUUCAAGCUGCCUCAACCGCCUUGGCCGCUCUGGCUGGAAAAGAAGUCCUUGUGGAAAAUCUCGAACACCAAGUAAGCGAUGCACACCAUUCACUUGAAGCUGAGAUUGCACAACUGGAAAUUUCAAAGAAAUCUGCUAUAAUCGCUAAAGAAGCUGCUGCUCAAGCCGCUAAACAUGUAGCUGUUCUUACCGCGGCACUAAAUAGCGCACAAGCCGCUGCUGAACAUUCUGAACGUGCCGCUAACCACGCUGAAGCAGAACUCGCUUCGCAAACUGCCAUGGUUGGUAAGGCCAAGGGACGUCUCGAUUCGAUUGCUCAAAAACUUCAUGCAGCUCAAAUUGACUUUGAAGCCACCAAAGAGGCUGCAGGAAAGGCCACUGCUGCUGCUCAGGAGGCACAGAGCAAUGCCGCUCAAGCGGGUGCAUAUGCUUCCGCUAAACUGACAGAAUCGGUAGAACAUUCGAUUCUCAUUCAUCCGACCCCAACUGUCAUUGCAGAAACAAUUGAAGAAGCUGCUGUUCAUCUAAAGCAUAAGAGGGCCAACUGAUUUGUUUUUUUUAUAUUUUCUAUAUUAAAUUAUUAUUUU